AUGCCGCCACCAACACAGCAACAAGGACAAAAUUCAUGGCUGUCGAGAUUCACAAGCUUAAUAAUUACAAGCUCGGUAGUCAGAUAUGGAACUUUAAUAUUUCUCGUAGCUUUAAUUAGUGUAUUAUAUUUUGCUACCACACACCAAGUAAUGAAACCCUCAGGUGCAAAUUCAGCUAUUACUAGUGACAUUUUAUAUAUUAGUAAUAGUACGACAAAAGACCAAUUUUUAAAAAGUAAUGGUAACGAUUCUACGAUAUCUUAUGACAAAGGGAACGUGAAUCAAAUAGGAGACUAUAAGAGUGGGAAUAAUAAAGGGAUUUUAUAUGAUCGUGGAGAUGGCUGUCUCCGUUAUUCUGAUUUGAAUAAGUCAAGUGUAGGUAUUAUUCCUUCUGUUAUACCCCAAGAUUUUAAACUUCGUAUAGGAUUGGUUUCAUCAAGCAGUGUAAGAUGUUCGAUUGACAAAAAAAUAAACAAUUCUAUUAGCGAUUUAGACAUUGGACUUAUCAUUUAUCCAGCAUCACUUCCGGACAAUAAUAAAUACGACAAUAUUACAGAUAUAAAUUUAUUUGUAUUUGCUGUUGAAGAUUCAAAGUUGCUAGAUGAGUUAAAACAACUUUAUAAUGAAAAUCAAGCAGAUAAUAAUCAAACAAAAGCUUUACGUGUUACAUUAACAACAGCUCAACCUGUUCCUGUCAAUUCAUGGCUUUUUGCAAUGUUUGCCGUCGGUGGUAUCUUGGUAACGUCCUUUUUCAUUUCUAUUUUGAUUCAUAUGAGACUUUAUCGUUUAAGGAGGAAUCAUCAAGAAGAAAUAAGACGACAAAGGACAGCAGAUGAUAUUACAGGAAUGAGAAAAUGGACAUUGGAUCAAGAAGAUAUUGAUUCGUUACGAGUUUUUACUUAUUCAAAGAAAACUGCAGCAUCUAGGAAAAGUGCAGAGAUAUCAACAUCAGCAAAAAUGGAUGAAAAUGAUAAUUCUGUUGCGACUAAUGAAACUGAUGAAAAUUCUGGUGAUAAGUCAAAUGGUGAUGUAGAUGCUAAGGAAUCGUCCACUGCACCUCGGUCGCUAAGUCAUAAAUCAUCUGUGCGAUCCACCAGAUCUACCAGAUCCACUAAAUCCACACGUUCUCAAAAAGCGAUAAAUAACGCUGUCUCUCUAUUUACAUCAACAGAUUCAACACAAAACCCUGCAGUUUCAGAUAAUGAUAUGGCGUUGGAAGAAACAUGCGCUAUAUGUCUCGAAGAUUUCGACGAUGGUGAUAAGAUACGUGAAUUGCCAUGCCAUCAUUAUUAUCAUGUUGAAUGUAUCGAUCCUUGGUUGACAACAAAAAGUAGUUCUUGUCCCUUGUGUAAAAAAGACUGCAAACCCUCUAUUGGUGGUGGGAACAAUGAAAAUACUUCAAUAUCUAUUAAUAUUGAGAAUGAAAGACAAGCUACUCAGUCGGUAACCAAUCAGAAUUCAAUGAAUGCUAACAAUUCGAAUGUGGUUUUGAGAAUGGGUAGAUUGUUUAGAGGGUAUUUUUCAUCACGAAAUGGAGGGACAAAUUCUUUAGAGAAUGAAAAUGGGGUGGAGCUAGAGAAUGUUCGAUCUGUGAAUUAA